AUGGCGCUCCGACGACCACAUCGGAAAUCUCGCCACGGUUGCGUGGAAUGCAAGAGACGACGAGUGAAGUGCGAUGAAGCUCGGCCGUCCUGCACUAACUGCGCUAAACGUCAUGCCGAAUGUGAGUACGGGUCGUCAACCUCCCUACUAUGGGCAAAUGAGUCCGACAGCGGACAGGCAGGCGACUCAGCACCGGGACUUCGUUCAUCCUUGAGUUCAACCCCAGGAGCGGGGCCAGCAGACCCCCUUGGAAUCUUGGGCCAACUUGGCAGCGAAAAUGCCGCAACCUCAGGCGGGCCCGCACUGAACCUCCAAGACCUGGAAUUGAUGAUACAGUGGUGCAACACGACGUUCCACACACUGUCACGCAACGAGCGCACCGAUCCAAUUUGGCGCAACAUCGUGCCCGAAGAGGCACUCUCACACCCAUUUCUGAUGCACGGUAUCCUGGCCCUGUCAGCGCUGCAUCUUGCUCGAACAGGGCCAGAGCCGACUCGUCGCGCGUCGUAUCUCAAUCGCGCCGUCAGCCACCAGAAUCAAGCGCUGGCGCUGUUUCGAGAGCUGCUGGGGGAUGUGAAGGAGAGUAAUGCCAAGGCGAUGUUUGCUUUUGCGGCAAUUGUGGUUAUCUACACGUUUGCAUUCCCGCAUACACCGGAUGUGCAGGAUCCGUGGUCCUGCGUCGACGAUUUGUACCAGGUUCUCGUUUUGACGCGCGGCGUGCAGCAGGUUAUUCACGCGCCGCGGGACUUUACGAGCUUUUUACUUGACAGUCCUUUUGGACCGAUUUUGCGGGUUGAGGAGGUUCAGGUUCCGAUCCCCGAGGACACGGCUGCUAUGCUCAAACAAUUGCGUGAGACGAAUGAAGUCUGCAGAUCACGGGAUGCGAAUCAUGAACUGCAGGUCUACGAAGCGGCCAUUGCGAAUCUGGAGGAAAUGCUGAAUUGGUGCCACAGCGGGAUAAGGGCAAACACAAUUGCCGGGAGGUGGGCGAUUCGCCUGAAGCCUCGAUUUAUGGAGUUGCUACGCGAACGAGACCCCAUGGCGCUAGUAAUGUUAGCGCACUAUGGCGUGCUCUUGCACUAUUUGGAUCAUCACUGGUGUUUUGAUGAGUGGUGUGUCAGGGUCUCCAAGGCCGUAUGGGCAAUAUUGGACGACGAGUGGAAGCCAGUGAUCCAGUGGGCAAUGAAAGAGACUCUCGGUGUUAACUAUUUGGAACAGGUUGAAAGUUGA